AUGUCCUCUAAGAAAAUGCACGCUUUGAUCACACCCAGAUGUUCUAACAAAUGCGACAAUGGAUUUGAAAUAGACAAGUAUGGUUGUGCAACUUGUAAAUGCAAUUGCCCUCUGAUAAGAUGUCAUACGGUCUGUCCUAAUGGUCAUCAAAUCGAUAAAAAUGGAUGUAGAAUUUGCCGCUGCAAAUGCCUUCAGUUGGGUUGUAAGGAAUGCAUUUAUGGUAACGAAGUCGAUGAAAAUGGAUGUAGAACUUGCCAAUGCAAUUGUCCUUUGUUGAGAUGCAAGGAGUGUGCUAAUGGCAAUCAAAUCGAUGAAAAUGGAUGUAGAACCUGCCGUUGUAAUUGCCCUCCUUUGGUAAAUUGUACUAAGUACUGUUCUAAUGGUUAUCAAAUCGAUGAAAAUGGAUGUAGAACUUGCCGUUGCAAAUGUUUGGAGUUAGAUUGCAAAGAUUGCAUAUAUGGUAAUCAAAUUGAUGCAAAUUGGUGUAGGACCUGCCGAUGCAAUUGUCCUCUAUUAGAAUGCAAGGAAUGCGCUAAUGGCAAUCAAAUCGAUGAAAAUGGAUGUAGAACCUGCCGUUGUAAUUGUCAUGAUUUAAGAUGCAAGGAGUGCUCAAAUGGAAAUCAAAUCGAUGAAAAUGGAUGUAGAACCUGCAAAUGCAAUUGUACUAAAAUAAAACUAAAAUGCCCCUUUUGUCCACUUGGUUACCAAUUGGAUGAAAAUGGAUGUGAGACUUGCAACUGCAGUUGCAAUAAACCUAGGUGCUUCAAUAAAUGCUCAUAUGGGUAUGAAACGGAUAAGUACGGUUGCUCAACUUGUAAAUGCAGAUGUCCUUUAAGGAAAUGCAAGGUGUGUCCUAAUGGUUACAAAUUUGAUGAACAAGGUUGCCAAACAUGUGAUUGCGAUUGUCCUAAAAUAAAACUAAAUUGCUCUUUUUGUCCACUUGACUACCAAUUGGAUGAAAAUGGAUGUGAGACUUGCAACUGCGUUUGCAGCGCACCUAGGUGCUUCAACAAAUGCACAUAUGGGUAUGAAACGGAUAAGUAUGGUUGCGCAACUUGUAAAUGCAGAUGCCCUCUAAGAAAAUGCAAGGUGUGUCCCAAUGGUUACAAAUAUGACGAACAAGGUUGCCCAACAUGUGAUUGCGUUUGUUUCCCACCCCCUUGUGUCCUUAAAAAAUGCAAAAACGGAUUUGAGAUGGAUAAGUACGGUUGUGCGACUUGUAAUUGCAAAUGCCCUCUAGUAAAAUGCAAGGCCUGUCCUAACGGCUACCAAUUUGAUGAGCAAGGUUGUCAAACCUGUGACUGUGUUUGCGGCUGGCCUAGAUGCUCAAAUAAAUGCAAAAGGGGAUUUAAAACGGAUGAGUACGGUUGUGCAACUUGUAAAUGCAUGAAAAGAAAGCAAUGUCCAAGAACCAAUGAUUCUGACUAGAAACAAAUUGAAAAUGUCAAAGACACUUUUUGAAUAUAUUGAUUGGUUUUUAUGAUUAAAAUUUACAGUUAUUUUGUCAAUGAUACAAAUUAUUCUUUUAUAAUAGAAUUCUUAGACACUAAUUAUUUAUAAUAUUUUCAUUUAUUU